AUGGAGUUUUUCCACCGCCCAGAUUCCGCCAGCUUGCGGGACGAAUUCGCAAAAAAGCCCGGAGAGACCUCAUUCACCAUCCACGGCUUUUACGCUCGUACCAGUGAUGAUGAGACGCUGGAUCCUCCAAAACUUCAUCACUUCACGGAGCAAGAGUUCAAGCGGAGCAUCGAGCGUUGUAAGAAUGCAUCCGACAUUCUUGAGGGCCCGGACGACAAUUUCCAGCUGUGGCGACAACGCCUUGAGACGGCGGAGGUGCUUCAUCCCAAGCCUCUGGACACUGCGGCAGCACUCAAUCUCCUUUACAUCCGUCCAGGUCCAAAGGAGAAUGAUCUUAAAGAUAUGAUGUUUAAGACCUUUCAGGACAUCAUUACCCUUUUCGGCAUCGAGCAAUCAUUCAUUCACCCUCUGUGGAGAAACACUGACGUCUGGCAAUCAGUACGGCGCAGGAAAGGAAAGGCUAGUUUCCUGCUCGUCAUACAAAAGCUGUAUGCUAUGGCAUGUGCUUUCUUCCCGAACGAGAGAGAGACCACCUUGAUCGUGUUCGGUGGAGACGCGACGCCCGACCUAAAGAAAUGGGAUGAAGAUUACUACCGUGAGACAAAUUACAACUUCUAUAUGCCUGAAUGGUUUGGUCCUUCCAGCCAGGGGGCUCUUGACCCUAAAGAUCCGACAAAACCACCAAUGCUCGAAAGACUCCGCCCUUACCAUCUCUAUCAACCUUUCUCCUUGGCAUACAUGGGAUUCAUCGACGAUAUUUUCUCUCUGGAGAUCCGAUCGGAUGCCCAAGUAGCAUUCAUCGGUGAUUUGGAAGAAGAGAACGAUACAGGCCUUGAGACUCUCAUUCGAUCAUCUCAAAAAGCGCGGGAUUCGAUUGCGGAGAUGGAAAGACUUUUCAGAGGCGUGGAGGUAGCUGCUAUGGUGCUUGAAACCUUCGAAAAUGAGCAUGAAUUGGAAGAAUGGUACAUUCCACCAGCGACAGCCGACGCCAAGAAUCGAUAUGAAAGAGCUACCAACUGGUUAGCCGAAGCACUGCCUGCUUGUCGGCAAAGGCUGAAAGCCCAGAAGAUGCACCUGCAAUCGCAAGAUAAGAGGGCUAAGGGACUUACCCAAAUGUACGCCGAUCGCGAAGACGCGAACGACCAUCUUGGUCGGCAGUCAAGCGGACCGCCACAUCGGUCCCAAGAAAGCCGCAACAACAAAGACGACAAGGAAGACCAUGGAUCUCUUCAAAACGCUCCCGCCACUCGAGGGCAGCACCGUCGAGAAAGAGCUCCCAACCCCCUCACGGUCCGCAGCGUCGUCCUGGGUCUCGUCUUCGGGUCCCUCGUCAGCACCUCCAACGUCUGCCUCGGCCUCGAGACGGGCUUUGUCUUCUCAGCCAACAUGUUCGGGGCCAUCUUCGGGUUCGGCGCGACCGCCUCGGGCUCGGACGGGCUGAGCGGGUUUUUCGUCGCUGCCGUGCCGGCCAUUUACCGCCUGUCGCUGCUGUCGGGCUCGGAUGGGGCGAACCCCGUGCUUCGGGACUUUGGGAAGUUGACGUUGUUGACUCUGGUGUGCGCGAUGUUUGGGCUGUGGUGGGCUGUGCCGUUUAGGAAGUUCUUCAUUGUUCAUGUUGCGAGAGAAUUGAACCCGGUCUCCCCAAGCGCAACAGCAGCGGCCUUCACCAUUCGUAAUGGGGUGACAGACAUCAACCCCACGACGGCUGCCGCCAAAGCUUCCCAACUGGUCUUCGGCGGCGUCACCUCAGCCCAGGGACUGCCACCCGAGAAGGCCCUGUCCGCCAACAUCAUCGCCGGUGUGAUGGCCGCAGGCGCGGCAGACAUGUCCAACACGAUCAUCGGCAACUACCGCACCGGGUUUCUUCUCAGGACACCACUGAGGCCCCAAUUCUGGGCUCAGGCGGCGGGUGCGAUCGUGUCGGUCUUCCUGGCACCGGGAAUCUUCAUGCUCUUUGUCCAAGCCUAUUCACGCGUGAUCCAGAAGGAUGCAGACAGGUGCGCGUUCCCGGCGUCUUCGGUUGCCGCGUGGGUUGCCGUCGCUCAAGCGGUGACGAUGCGCAAUGUACCCAUUCCUCGGUCAUCCGCCAUCUUUGCCUGUGUCACCGGGUUCGUGGCCGUGGUACAAGUUAUUCUCAAGAACCGAUUUCUGGUUGACGAUAACACGCGACCUGACGGCAGGAGAUGGUAUAGAUAUCGGAAGUGGUUGCCGAAUUGGGUACCUAUUGGUAUGGCGUUUGUCCUGCCUGCGACGCACCACUCCACCGCGACUUUGAUUGGGGCUUUGACAUCGUACGUCUGGGCCAAGAAGUCACCGUGGAGUCAUGCGAUGUAUUGCUAUGCCGUUGCGGCGGGGUUCAUUGCUGGCGAGGGCCUCGGCGGUGUCGUUCAGGCUGUGUUGGAAAUUUCUGGUGUGAGCGGGAGUAGAUACGGUACCAGCGUUGGAUGCCCUGGCGAUGACUGCUACUAG